AUGGAAUGCUUUGGCACUGAUCAGUUGGUCCACUACGCUGAAGACGGUGAAUAUAAUUUAAUAUGUAGUGCGCUCGAUCGAGCUUCUGCUUCUUUUUAUCAAGCAACAGCAAAAACAUUGGAAUCUAUCUUACUAAAAGCCUGUCAGAUGGGCCGAGUUAACGUUAUAAAUGGAUUGAUAGAAAGAGGAAUAGACGUGAAUGUCAACGCAGAAAACAAUAUUGAGCGUGCCCCACUGUACGUGGCAUGUGAAUACGGUCAGCUUGAUGCAGUGGUGUGUUUAUUAGAAAAUGGAGCCGACUUUAGCCGUAACAAUUGCGGGUUGAAGUCUUUGCUUGCUGCUUCUCAAAAUGGCUUCAGAGAUGUAGUAGGAUAUCUGCGUGAAAUAUGGUUUUAUGCUGAUUUUGACAGCACAAAUAUGAAAACAAAGUUAAUCAGUGCCGUACAAAACGGCUGCACUGCAGCUGUAAAGUAUCUGGUAGAACGAGGAGCUUUGGUCAACGAAGUAGGCGAUGAGAGGUGGACACCAUUGACGACUGCCUGUCAGUACGGACAUCUAGAGGUGGUAGAAUAUCUUUUAAGCAAAGGACUUAAUCCUACUUCAGAAAGGAUCAGUGAGACAACUCCGCUAUGGACCGCGUCAAAAUAUGGCCAUAUAAAUAUUGUUAAAUGCUUGGUUGACAGAGGUAGCGAUGUCAACAAAAAGAACAAACACGGAGUAGGUCGCUUUUCUAAAUAA